AAUCAUGCAAAUCAGAUAAUGUACUAACAUCCAAUACGCAGACUCAAUAACGGUAUGUUGUCAAGCAAGGAUGGAUUCCACUCGUCUUUAAAAUAAAUUGGUUAACAACGCAUUGAUAAUAAAGUUUUUUGCUGUGGAAGUAUUUGUUUUGACGACAAACAUUUAUAAAACUAAAAUGAUGCCAUCAACAGUGUCAAUCUAUAAUCUGCAGUUCGGGAGCAACUCGGUCAUUUAUAAAAAAUGGGAGUGGUUGAUGAUUUUAAGGGAGCAUCUAUUUUGUGCAAAGUAGCUUUUAUUUUAUUGUUAAUUGCUACUUUAUUUACAUGCAUUUCCUAUACGACAGCUGAUUGGGUUUAUGAGGAUGUAGGAAAUACUCAUUAUGGAUUAUGGAGAAUAUGUGGAGAAACAGAUAUUCCGACGGGAUGUCAAACUAUAGACGGCUUUGCGAACGAUUGGUAUGGUGUAGUUCAGGCAUUUGUCACUUUUGGAUUUUUCGGCAUUUUAGUUUCCUUUUUCUUAGUUAUACUGUACAUAUUUGUUAGCAAAUGUCAGAAGAAUGGAGAAGUUGCCAUUGCAGUUGCUAUUAUCUGCAUCGCUACAGGGGUAUUUUAUUUGAUCGGCGUUAUAAUUUUUGGUGCCAAAGUGGACAAGUGGCCAGAAAAUGUCACUAUAGACUAUAAGUUGGGUUAUUCAUUUGCUCUAUCGAUUGUCGCCCUUGUGCUAGAAAUUGUUGCUGGGGUGUUGAUGAUUGUAGAAGGUAAAGGCGGAGGAGGAGGAGGAGGAGGAACUAAACCAUCUGCAUAAAUUUUUACACUUGCUUCUAAUCUCAGAUUACAGUAGGAAUCAACAGAUUUAAAAUUGUGUUACUAAUGUAAAAAAAGAUCGUCAUUUUGGAGGUUACAAAAGUAUUGACCUAUUAAGUUUUGAUUAUAGUGUUUACAACGUAUAUUUCCCUCGAUAUCGAGUUCUGCUGGUAUUAACAGUCGGCAUGUUAAGAAUAUCUACAGAUUGGAUAUGAACUGUACAUUUGAAUGUCAACUAAACUGUAUUUUCUGGACUAUUAUAAGAAGCGUUGUGUAGAAUUAGUUUGCUACAAUUUAAUAUUAAUGAUGAGUUCUUCAUAUAUGCAAUGACUGUUGAACCAAAAUUGUGUAUGCAAUGAUCCAGUAUGCUUGAUACUUACCAAACUUGUUUUAUUUAUGAUACACAUAUGUGAAUAAAGUUUUAUUUAUGA